CAAUUCAAUUCGACGACUGCUUGAUUGCUUGGCGUUUGAGGUUAUGUUGUCAUAUUUUGCCAAUAAUUAUUGUAUUUUAACAACAUCUAAGUAAUAUUGUCAUAAAAAUUUUGCAUUAAAUUGUGAUUAUAUUUGCUUACAAGGCAGAUUAACUCAUUUUUCCCUACAUGAAUAUGGGAGAGGAGAAGGAGAGUGUGAUCCAAGAAUUCAAACUCGAAAAGGAUUCUGAACUACGUUUUGAAGUUGAAAACAACAAUGAAACAGUCGUUCUCGAGGUUAAAGCUGGAAUGGCGGAAAUAUUUGGCACCGAGCUAGUGAAAGGCAAGCCGUACACUUUUACAACAGGAGCCAAAAUUGCUGUGUUCACAUUCCAUGGUUGCACUAUUGAAUUGAAAGGCCGCAAAAAUAUCAGCUACAUUUCAAAGGAAACACCUAUGAUGACGUACCUGAACUGCCACGUGUGCCUGGAGAAGCUGCGCGAUAAGGCCGAACAGGAGGGAGGUGGGGGCGGCCGAGGAGGUCCGGUGACGAUGGUGGUGGGGCCGGCCGAUGUGGGCAAGUCGACGCUCUGCCGCAUCCUAAUCAACUACGCCGUCCGCCUCGGCCGGCGACCUGUCUACGUCGACCUCGACAUCGGUCAGGGUGCCAUUUCGGUGCCCGGCACUAUGGGUGCAAUGCUAGUGGAGCGACCAGCCUCGGUAGAGGAAGGCGGUUUCUCGCAACAAGCGCCCCUGGUGUUCAACUUCGGCAGCGUCAAGAUGCAAUCCAACAUCACACUUUGCAACAUCAUCACAUCCCGGCUGGCUGAGGUCGUACAGGAGCGGCUCCAGUCGAACAAGAAAGCGAGUACUUCGGGCAUAAUAGUGAACACGGCGGGAUGGAUCAAGGGUGACGGUUACCGGCAUCUGUGCCACGCGGCUCAGGCGUUCGAGGUUGACGUGGUGCUAGUGCUCGACCAGGAGCGGCUCUACAACGAACUGGUGCGCGAUCUGCCCAGCUUUGUGCGCGUCGUGCUGCUGCCCAAGAGUGGCGGGGUGGUGGAACGAAGCCAGAGCUAUCGGCAGGAGGCGCGUGACAAGCGGAUUCGCGAGUACUUCUACGGAGCGGGUGGUGGAGCUAGGGAGAUAGGGGGGCCGAGCCUGCACCCGCACUCGUUCGACGUGAAGUGGGCUGACCUCAAGAUCUUCAAGAUAGGCGCACCCUCGCUCCCCGACUCCUGCAUGCCGCUCGGCAUGAAGGCCGAGGACAAUAUGACUAAGCUGGUGGCUGUGCAGCCAGGUUUGAAUCUUUUACACCAUUUACUAGCUGUCAGUUUUGCAUCUUCGGCAGAAGAAGAUGUCAUCAAUUCCAAUGUGGCCGGUUUCGUUUGUGUGACCGGUGUAGACACAGAUAAACAAACGCUGACCAUUCUAUCUCCACAACCACGACCUCUACCGGACACCCUUCUCAUCCUAUGCGACUUACAGUUCAUGGAUAACCACUGAUUAAUUACCAUUUUCAACAAACAACUUGGUCAGUUGCUCGACAAAUCCAAUUGAAUUUAACCACAGUCAAAUGGCGUCAUCUAUUGGAACCAAUACUACUAGAAAUAACGAGUCUAAUGUCUUAGACUACAAUAAUAUUAAAUAAAAUUCACACUAUAAUCAGAGAUAUUGUGGAAUUUCUCCAUAUUACGGUGAAAUAAAAAGAUGAUGCCUUAGUGCAUUGAAACUAAAGUUUGGCUCAAAUAAAUUAUGUGGAACUGACAAUAUCGUUUUAUUCCACCUUAAUAUUAAAUAAACUUGAAUUUUUCACAAAGCACAAUAUAAGAAAACAAUUUUGAUCGAAAUAAUAAUCUAUAAUAAUAUAAUGAAGGAAAGAAUCGGCCCAUACAAGUACAGGAUAGGAAUUUCACAAAUGCCGCAAGAUCACGUCUGAUCUACUGGAUUGAUUAAUUUGAAAUUUUGGAUAUAGAUUGUUAAUUUUCCAAGGAUGGUUAUAGGAGGUAUAUUUUAAAUUCUUCAAGAUUUCAGUAGCUCAAGUUUUCAAUUAGACCCUUAAAAAAUAAACCUGCUAGUAUAAAUCUGAUAUUAUUUUGAUAAAUCUGUCAUAUUCUUAUAUAUAUUCUUAUUUUGUCAUAUUCUUAUUCUAUUAUUUGAUAAAAUUGUCAUAUUCGUUCAUGUGCCUGUAAAAUUGAUUCCGAUUGAGGACAUUAUCCUACGGUGGUUAAAUUUGAUUGGAUGCUCGUGAAACUGGACAUUUGAGUUAUUUAUUUUGUAUUCUGUUACUUGUACUGGAGAUUUGUGUUAUUGCAUUUUGCAUUUGUUAUUGAUAAAAUUGUCAUAUUCGUUCAUGUGCCUGUAAAAUUGAUUCCGAUUGAGGCCAUUAUCCUACGGUGGUUAAAUUUGAUUGGAUGCUCGUGAAACUGGACAUUUGUGUUAUUUAUUUUGUAUUCUGUUACUUGUACUGGAGAUUUGUGUUAUUCCAUUUUGUCUUGAACUAGAAUAAACAAUCUAUAAUUAUACUUUUUAUGCUUGUUGGUACUGUUUUAGUUUUUUCCAAGAGUAUUGUUCAUUUUGUAAAGUUCC